UGUCUAGUAGGCUAUGCAUCUAAAAUAAAAUUACACAAUAAUGUAGUUAAUAUAAAAACACAACCAUUUAAAAAUGCCUAGUCUAAUUAAUGAAGAGUUAUCGGAGGAGAGGCCAACUAUCGUUUUGCCCGUGUACCCAAAGCCACUGCCGGAGCGGGAUAUCAGCCUGAGGGUUGAUGAGAAUGGCUUUAGUACUUUAGAGAAGGCUGCACUGCGCAAUGCUUGGCGUUUUAUUGAGCCCUUUCAACGUCGCUAUGGGCAGGACACAUUUUAUGACUUUCUUACGGAACAUGAGAAUUUGAUCAACUCCUUUCGAAUAAAUGAAAAAAUUCACAUGAGUAAGCUUCAUGGGCAUGCCACCGCUAUGAUGAGACUUCUCUCGAAAUUGGUGCAAACCUUAGAUGAGAAUCUGCAGUUUCGUUCGAGCCUGGAUGAGAAUCUGCCCUUUCAUCUGACAAGCGGCAUCGACGUCGAUUACAUGAAGAUGCUGGCAAAUGCCUUGAAGGAUUACUUGCUGGCGUCUCCGGUCAUACAGAAGCAUAACUCCUGCACUCUAACCACUGCGCUUGAAAAAUUGGUGACAAUUGUCGGUGAAUAUGCUGAGGCAGAUGAUGCCCGGAAGAAAGCCUUGUCUGGGUUCUACCGAAACACCAAUACUAAUAUCGUACCCGUACCCGUACCUAAAAGUGAAAGGGCAUCCAGUGUUAAGAAGUCUUUGGAACCAAUCGAAUAGUCCUAAAACACAGGAAUAAAAUGGCGAAAAUUACUUACUCUCUUUAAUUUACAUGCUGUGGAAAAUCCACAAAAGAAAUUAUAAUGUAAAUAUAUUUUCCUAAAAUUCGAUGUUUUCUGUUCUUUACACUUUACUCUGAGUU